AUGUUGGCCAUGUCCUGCUGGGGAGUCUUCAGAGCCUCUAUCAUGAGCGGAGACACUGUGGCCUUGGUGCAUCUCGACUCUGAGUGGGGUGCGACCGCCGCCGCUGGGCUCGCCAGCAAUGGAUUUUCUGUCAUGAUCUGGCGCUCGACUCGCGUCUGGCCCGUCCUCGAGAUCGCCGAUAUGCGGGUCGAGGCGCGCGCAGAGUUGCACGAGCGUCUUAAGGUGGCGAUCGAUCGCCGCGAGAAGAACUGCCCGUCGGACGACUACAUCAUGGAAAUUGCGAAGCGUUUCAGCUUCCAGGAGGGGUGGCUCGCCAAGAAGGGGAAGGCGAAGCGCCCCCCUGGUCAGCGCGAGCAGGGCCAGCUCGCGCCGACCGGCUUUGCCCCCGCGCCGGGUCCAAUCGUCGUCGAGGUGGCCGCGGCGGAGGCGCCCCCGCCGCCGCCCCCGCCGACGCCCGCCCCCGAGGAGGCGAAUCAGAAGGCUGCGGCGCCCAGCGGCAGCAGCAACGGCAUGACCCUGCAGCAGACGCAGGCCACGCAGUCGCAGAUGCAGCAGCUGCAGCGCACGCAGUUGCGGCAGGGGCCCGAGCGGCAGCAGCCGCCAGGCUGCCGCGCGGGGCCGAAGCGCCGCGGAGCGCGGCGUGGCGCCAGGGCGCCAGCCUCGGCGCCGACGGGGCCGCCCGCCCCAGUCGCCCAGGCGCCCGACUCGGCGGCGGGCCCGCCCGCCCUCGUCGCCGCGGCGGCCGACGCGGCGGCGGGCCCGCCCGCGCCCCCAGCGGCCGCCGGCAGCGGCGGCAACCUCGCCCCCGAGGCGGCGCCGCCGCCGGCGCCCGCCGCGGCCGCCAGCAGCGGCGGCAGCGGCGGCGGCCUCGCCGAAUAUCGCGGCGUAGCAUCGGCGCAGCCGCCAGCGCCCGCCGCGGCCGCCAGCAGCGGCGUUGACUUCGCCGCCGACGGUUCAGCAUCCAAGGCGGCGCCGCCGCUAGCGCCCGCCGCGGACGCGAGCCGCGGCGGCAACCUUGCCCCCGCGGCGGCGCCGCCGCCGGCGCCCACGGCGGCCGCCGGCAGCGGCGGCAGCGGAGGCGGCCUCGCCGCGCGCGACGCCCCAGCACGUUCGGCGCCGCCGCCAGCGCCCGCCGCGGGAUCAG